UAAAUUAUCACGAAAAAACGCAAGGAUCUUUUUCAUAUAUAAAAGGACAAGCAGUUGACUUUGUUGCAGUGUGAAUCCCGAUAUUCAGAUAGCAAAAUGUUCAAAUUCGCAUUGUUCGCUUUGAUCGCAGUUGCUGCAGUUAUUUGCAGUGCUAAAGAGGCCGAAGACCUCUUUGUAGGACACAAGGAGGCCCACGAGGAGUGCAAGAAGGAAACGGGCCUCGACGGAGAAGCCUUCCACAAGGCCCUGAUGGGCGGCGCCCCCGACGACAAAGCCAAACAGCACGCUCUCUGCUACGGCAGCAAAAUCGGCUUGACCGACAGCGAUGGAAAGCCCAGCUUGGACAAGAUGAAGAAGAUGCUGGAAGAGCACUAUCCCGACACCGCGGCCGAAUUGAUCCAAAAAUGCGUCUCUGCGAACGGCGGCGAUGACGAAGAAGUCGCCUUCACCAUAGCCCAAUGCCUGGCCCACGAGAUGGACAAGAAUUAGACGAAAUGCAACCCUCGAUGACUAACGAAUUUGUGAUUUAUUAUCUAUCUACUAUUAGGUGUAAUAAAACUUAAUUAAAUAACGAACGAUUUUAUUCAAAAAACAAACCUAUCCUACUAUUUUUACUAUUUUAUUUACCAGAAUAUAAUCUUCUAGCUUGCAACAAACAGCUAUCUGUUUGAUAAGCUGUUUCUUCUUCAUCUCUUCUUUGUACUGCACAUCUAUUAACAACUUCCUGGAUAGUAUUCCUGUUUGUUCCAGGCGGUGCCAUAGCUGUAGCCAAUCGAGUAAUGGCGUUUAUUUGCAAAUUACCGUUAGUAUCCUGGAUGCCCAGCGCUUUAUUGAUGCAAAGCAAGUGUCUUUUGAAGGCCGGAUCGUUGGGGAAAUUGCCCGAAGAGAGUUCGUUGAUGUUUAUCGCUGUUGGGGAUAUUCUCGCUGUGGAUUGGCAUUGCGUGUGGGCUCGAAGAAGCUGGCCGAAGUCCUGCGGA